AUGCAACUCUCCCCAAAAGCAAGCCUAGAUCAGCGCGAGUUUAGCGUCACCCAAGAGAAAACAUGCGUCGACGAAUCGCAACCAAAGUCUGCUGAAACCAGCCGUGGCCAACUCAAGAGGAGCCUAAACAGUCGUCAAAUCGGCAUGUUCUCCAUUGCAGGUGCAAUUGGCACAGGUCUUCUGAUUGCAACAGGUUCUGCCUUGGCGAAAGGAGGGCCUGGUUCGCUGCUGAUCUCCAUGAUUGUGAUGGGAUUUAUCUGUUAUAAUGUCCUUGCUGCGUAUGGAGAAAUGGCUACUGCCUUUCCGAUGGACAAAGGUUUCAGUGGUUAUGCCGCGAGAUUUGUUGACCCAGCUUAUGGUUGUGCAACUGGCUUCAAUUACUUUUGCAAGUAUUCCGUGCUUUUGGCAAACAACCUCACCGCUUCGGGUCUCAUAAUGCAAUAUUGGCUCCCAAAUGUCAACGUUGGUGUCUGGGUUGUCACAUUUGCUGUCCCCAUUAUUUUUAUAAAUUUUUGCCCUGUCAAGAUCUUCGGAGAGGUAGAGUUUGCAGCCUCCAUCAUCAAGACUCUUGUAAUUGUAGGAUUGAUGCUACUCUGCCUGAUUAUCGACCUCGGAGGCGCUCCCAAAGGUGACAGGCUGGGGUUUCGUUACUGGCGCGACCCGGGCUCAUUCAAUGCAUACCUCGUGGAAGGAUCCAUGGGCAGAUUCUUGGGUUGGUGGGCAUGCAUGGUGAACGCUGGCUUUGCAUAUAUGGGAACUGAAAUGGUUGGGUUGGCAUUUGGAGAAGCCGAGAAACCAUGGCGAGUUAUCCCAAAAGCUAUCAGACAAACAGCUUGGAGAAUCAUGAUCCUGUACGUUGGCACAGUUCUCCUGUUGGGCAUGGUGGUACCAUACAACAGCCCGGGAUUGAUGACGGCGACCAAAUCGAAAACAGGAGCAGGCGCAUCUCCAUUCAUUGUUGCUAUUGCCGAUGCCGGAAUACGUACACUGCCAGGCAUCGUCAACGGCUGUUUGCUUGUCUUUGUCCUAAGUGCCGCCAAUUCAGACAUCUACAUAUCUUCCAGAACGCUAUACGGGCUUGCCCGUGAUGGCCAUCUUCCACAAUUGCUAACAAGAACCUACGGCAGCGUCCCAGUCUUUGCAGUAGGAAUAUCCUCGCUGUUCUUUCUGCUAGCUCUCAUGAAUACCUCUGAGGGAAGUAGCAAAGUCUUUAGCAACCUGGUAUCGCUUGCCACAGUCUUCGGCUUGUUCAACUGGAUCAGCAUUUUAGUUACAUACUUAUCACUCCGCCGCGGGAUGAAAGCCCAGUCCCUCCCGCAUACAACUUUGCCAUUCAGGGAGCGCUGGAUGGUUAUACGCGCAUCUUUUAGUCUAUUUAUGACCUGCCUUAUUGUUCUGUUUAAUGGUAUAUCAUCAUUUAUUCCUUCAUUUGAUUUAAAAACAUUUUUCUUCGCGUAUACUGGCAUUCUAGUACACUUGAUUCUCAUUUUUGGGUCGAAAGUACUCCUACGAACGUCACACGUAAAACCAAAGUCUAUGGACCUCGACACAGGACUAAUCACUGCAGAAGAAAGGCAGGUAUGGGAGGCUGCUGAACGGUUGGAAGAGAGAAAAAUUGAUUUAUCUUCAUUUGCCACCCGGAUUCGCCGUUUCAUGAAUCGGACCUCAUAA